UAAAAGUCUUUGUAUAUUGUAAACGCGGAAGCCGGCAAACCAUAUCGGUACUUUUUGAAGAACAGCUUUUGCUUAGUUUUACAAUGAACGCAAUUUCACUAGUAUUAGUCGCAAUUGUGACCGCCGCGGCGGCACAGGAGCCGGGCAGCCCUACGACCUCCAUCGCAGCCUGGAAAGAUGGCGCAAAUAUUAAGGUGCGAGCGAAAAUUCCGCACGGUCUAUCGUUGGUGAUCAGCUGCCCGCAACCCAAUCCUGCCUCGCCUACCGCCAAAAACAUGCCGGUACAGACCGUCCACCUAGAUAGCGCCACCUACUUGGCGCCGACUGACGGACCGGCAGAGUGCAGCGGAGAUAGCGUCUUCUCGCAAAUGGCGGUGACGUGCAGUAUGCAGAAAGACACCAAGUGUACCAUCACAGCGGAGGACCCAUCGGAGCAGGAGGGAUGUCAGGAACGUUGGCUGAAAGUCAUCUAUCACUGCGGCAAUAUCGGAGAGUCGACUGCUUCCUUGCUCGGUAUGAUCGUUAACAAUAUGCUCGAUGACUGAGAACGAGCGCGAAGAGCGGGAUAAAGAUUAAAGAUGGGUUGCUGCCGGUGUUUACAGUGAGGAUUGUGAUGUUCUUUUUUCUUGUGACGUACAGACGUAGUACGUGUAAGCCGGGUCACUAUAAUGGCCGUUAAGUUGGAUUUUCGUCCUGCAUGUGUACUUACCAUUUCCUGAGGAUCAUAAUAUUGAUAAUAAGCAUUUUCACAUUAGCAGCAUUUCAUCGAUAAAAUUAUAAAAAAGG